AUGUCCGAACACUUCUCAACGUCAGCAGUUUCUUAUGCUGGCGCUCUGCUUACUGCCGAAACAGGUGUGGAGACACCAUCUCAGGCUUCAAGGAGGAUAAAAAAGACAGAGGGCUCUUCGGAGGAUAACAGUUUCGCGAUUCAAGGCGAUAACGGGUUUAAAAAUGAAGAUUACCGUUGUGGUGGUCCGGGUCUUGUAAGGCUCCCGACACUCAACGAAAUUUUAAAACCCAAUGAGCCCCUCCAUAUACUAUACCACGAGGAGCUGGUAGGUUCACUAAGAGAUAUACUUGAAAAGUGGAAUGUUGAUUCCAGAUUUAUACAUUUAGUAAGACGAUAUCAUGCUAGAGACAGCCCUGAGUCGUCUAUGGAAUGUAUUGUUGUUUCUGCUAAGAAACAUAAACUUGAUGACUCUUGGCUUAAUGCUUGCCGAGAGAUUCGUGACCUUUUUCUGGAACAUGGCAGGGUAAGAUUGCAAAUCGAAAUUUCUGACGAAAGGGCUCUCGAGCCGAUUAUCUCGCGAUCAAUUUCAAGCAACGACCCAUUUGUGCACGACAUCAAAGCGAAACUUGGAGGGAGCCUCGGAAUGCAAGGAAAAUCCACUUCAUCAUUCACUUUUGGAGGGUUUCUUGAAUUACAAUUCCAUCGCAACCACCAAUGGAAAAGAUUUGGGCUGACAAAUUUCCAUUUUAUGACAAAUGAUCAUUACCUUGAUGAUUGGAAAAGCCAGGGAAUCAUGCCUGGUGACUCUAGAAAUCACCUUACUAUUGACCACCCAAGUCGUGGUGAUUAUAACAAGUCUAUAAAGCAUUAUGAGAAAGAGGCUUCAAGCAUUCGAACCCAGGAAUAUUAUGAGACCAAGAAGCGCAUGGAAAACAAAGACCCGUCUCUUUCUAGGAUAAAGGUAGCUAACUUCAAACAUGACACCGACCUUAUGAACGGGUAUAUCAGGAUGGCCAGGCUUGCAAAUGAAUUUUACCUGGAAGGAUGCCAGUACCUAGGAAAGGUUUACGCAGCCUCCGGAUAUAGGAUAACCCCAAAGGACCUGCCCAGAAGCUGCCGAGAACGAUAUUAUCCGGCAGAUAACACGGUUAUACAAGGUGCCACCAAUCUAAAUGCUGAUAUGCCUUUGUGUAAGAUCGGUAGUCGAACAGGUUUCACAGAAGGCAGACUCGGUGCUCUGCAUGUUACUGAUCUACAAAGCUGGUCAAAAAACCCGGAUGGAAGCUGGAACAAGGUCCGUGGUUCACUUCAUGAGAUUUUUCCUGUUGCUCCCCGAGGGACGUUUGGCGAUCCUCCCGGGGAUUCUGGUGAUAUCAUGAUGGACCGAAACGGCUCAUUUGUCGGACUUUAUGUUGGAGGAUUCCUGGAAAGCGGAACUGGUUAUUUUAUGGAAGCGAAGGAUUUAUUCGAGGAUAUUAGAGCCAUUACUGGUGCGACUGAUGUCAAGGUCCCAUAG